AUGGUCCAAAAUACUGCUCAAUCUGGCCAAACCAUCAUUGUCGCGGGAAACCCACAACCCGUUCCUCCUCCUCCAGUUUUUUCAGCCGACGCUGCUCAAAGGCAAUUCCAAACAUUUGCCAUGGCAGAAAUUUUCCUCAUGCUUAUGAAUAUUGCUUUCUCGGCACUCUGCGUUGCUCUUUUAAACAGUUCAAUCGACUACUGCAAAAACUACCCGUAUUAUUAA